UGAUGAGGAGGGGGAUAUGCAGAGGGAUCGCGAGGAUGGGGAGGAGCGUGAGCGUGAGCGCGAGGAGAGCGGCGAGGUUGAGGACGAGGACAUAAAACACAAGAGACGGCGCUCGCGCUCCCUGUCUGGGGAUGAGUAGGCUUGGUACUGGCGCGGGAGCUGUUGCUCUGAGGGAGGAGCUGCACGGUGUUUUGAAGACAGGGCGAUCGAAUCCAGUGCGCCUACCCCCGCUUCGACACACCCGCCAACGACGCCGGGCUCGCCACUGUACCCAAGUCAGGCAAGGAACCAGCGCCUCUAGCUUCUACAUCUUCUCAACUAUCGCCCAGGGCGUGCAAAAGCACUGGACGUACCUGCGCGCAUGCGGACUCGCCACGCUCGGAAGAGACGUAAAACGCGCGGCUGCGCGGGCAAAGACGGCGGCAGUGGAGGAGCGCACAAGAGUGCCGUCGGCGGGGCGCCGAGGUGCCCGCGCCAUACCGGCUGCGGCUAAAGGCGCGGCUCUUUGCUGUGCUACGGCGCCUGUGAUACCUACUGUGCUGUUGCCCCUGCGGAUGGGCAUUAGAGGACGGUUGGGCAAGGAGAAGUCGUCCGAGCGCGGAAAGAAAGAGAAAAAGGGCAUUGUUCGUUGUUCCCCGUGGCUGGAGGCACUGAUCUGGGUUGGCAUUUGGCUGUCCUGUCCCUUCCUUUGCAUUGGGGAAGCGGGAUUGGGGUUAGCAUUGUGCGCCAUGGCAUGGACGUACAAGUAGUCACUCAUGAUUUAUCGGGAUAGAGAAAGGAGGAUACAUUACAUGGCUCUGGGGCUGGCGGCUAGGUCUGCGCGAGGAGGGAUUGCGGACAAGGCCAAGACUAGGCUUAAUGAUUUGAUGUUUGAUAUUUGUGCUAGUCUAUCUGCAAUGCAAGACAAGACAAGACUGUUAGGUGGCGUUUGGAAGUGUAUGUGUCUGGCUGGGCGGUGGGUUGCUGGUUGUGAAGAGAGAUGUUGUGAAUACUCUUGAGGUUUAGCUACAGCUUGCUCCCUUCUGGCAAUGAUUGUUUAGGACGGUUCCCUAUUCGAAGUAGUCGCGGCGUGUGCAUGUUUUCAGUGCCAUCUUAAAAUUGCG